AGUUAAGAAGAAGAACUCCUGCGUCCCAUAGCGUUCUGAUCGCGGACCCCCGUAUAGACGGCUGCGGCGCAACGCUGCGUUUCAUUCUGUUCCGCGUUUUAUUCCCACACCGCGUGAGACUUCCGAUGGACGGCGGCGGAGCCUCGGAGCGCGGCGGUCGCCACCGCCGCUCUGGAAGCAAGCGCAAGCGAUCCAAGCACAAGGCGCAGGUCUCUGGCCAGGAGGGCGACGUGGUGUCCCGUCAGAGCAGAACCAGUUCAGCGUGUCGAGAGCCGGCCGACGGCUGCACGCCCUUAGGCAGCCAAAGCGUGGGCUCCGCGGUUCCUCGCGCUACGUCCGACGGCGCGUCUUCCCGGCAUUUCGAUCGCAGCAAGUCUCAGCCAGGGGCCCACUCCAGAUCCCGCUCUUCGGUCUCGCGUCAACAUCUGGCUUCCGUGGACGCAGGCGCUCCGAGAUCCGCACUGUCCCCGUCCAAGCAAAGCAUUGAUGCCUCCAGGUCCAAACCCACCGACGAGCGCGUCGUCACAGGCGAAACACGCCAAACAACGGCGGCGCACACCGUCGGAGGGACCGAGAUUGCGAAGGAGCUUCAAGACGCUGCUGCGCCGGCAGUCCCUCCUGCUUCCGAGACGGGGGCCAAAGCACACAAAGACGACGCAGCCGCUGCGAAAGCGCCGGCCGCGAUAGAGCCCCGGUCGCCUCCGCUGUUCGUGGCAGCGGCGCCGCCGAAGCAACAGGCCGACCGUGGCCGGAAGUCGAAGGUGGCCAAGGACCGGGACCAAGACGCUGACAACCGGCCGUCCAUGGAGAGCUUCACGCCUCCGGACGUCAUGAAGAAGAGCAACUUGGCAUCGACAACGGCUCAGUGGACCUUCUUUCCCUUGAACCUCACGUUCGUGACCGAGGCGGACAGCAAGGAGGAGCGGUACCUAUGCGCCGCCGUCGUGGCCGUUGUGGGCGCCAUCAUCACGCUGGCCUUAGUGGCCGUGGCGCUGAUGCUGUCCAGCAGGCGUCACGAGUCGUACGUGACCUGCGACACGCCCGAAUGCAGAGAGGCGCAGGACUCUCUCACGCGGCUGCUCAACACCAGCAAGGACGCGUGCAAUGACUUCUACGGCUACGUCUGCGACUCGUGGCUGGCACGCUCCAGCGGCAGCUUCCUCGGGGACAGCGCGGCCGCCUCCUUAGCCAAGAUGAGCGAGCACCUGCUCAUCCAGAACGUUGAAAGAGCAAGGGAACGGGCGAAGACACUCUCGGAAGGGACCGGAAGGGGUUCCAGGAACGCCGAAGGCCUGCACGUGGUGCGUGGACUGUACCAGAAGUGCCACCGCUACGUCUCGGAGAAGGCGACGACGUCCACCGACUUCAACGAGACGCUCGAGGCGGUGCGCAGGGACCUCAACUGGACGCUGAUUCGCGGCGCGAGCAGCUUCCACGACUUGGUGGCACUCGUGGCGCGGACGUCGCUGCUGGCCGGUUUCCACACGGUGUUCGCGCUCAACCUCCUCAGCGAGAGCGGCAAGCUGUUGCUGCGGCUGUCCGCCGGAAAGUCGCUCCUCUGCAAGCUCACGCUCUCGUGGAGCCGAAAGGAACUCGAGGGCCAUCUGCGACGCGUCAUCGACGACGUCCAGGAGCUGACGCAGGUCCUGAGACUCGACGACGCCAUCUCCGACGAUCUCGGCUGCGAAGACGACGGCGGCGCCUCGAUGGACGACGAGAGCGUGCCGCUGAGCACGCUGUUCGCUGACCUCACUCCGGGCGUCAACGCGAGUGACUGGGUCGACAUCCUGUACGCGCUCGUGCUGCCUUCCGCGAAGGCCGACGCGGGCUUUUCGGACGUUGCCUUGAUGUCCCGCGCGGACAGCGUCCGAACCGCCUUUGGCAAGAUAUAUGACCCCGACGACGUCAGCGCGGCCGCGAACUACCUGGCGUCGCACUUGGAUGCCGACCUGCUGUUCCUGGAACUGUCCAAGGAGCGCGUCGCUGCGGAUUCUGCGGCGACGGACAGUUUCUGUCUCGCCUUAGCUCGGCGAUGUCUGUCGCACGCCUGGCCGCAACUCGUGGCGAGGCUGCUGGACCUGGGCCACAGCACGCAGGUUCUGCACACGAUGUACCGCGAGCUGAAGAAGUCGCGCCGUGCUUCCUUGUUCAAGUGGUUCAUGGAUGCUAGCCGCUACGACGUCAAGGAAAAGAUCGCAAGGGCAGGGCUCGUCAUCGUCUCCGAAAACUUUAACGCUCGCGACGGAGCUGAGGGCGACUACGGAUGGCUCGCCUCGCACCUCGAAGAGUCCGGCGGCAUCGACUUCGUGCGCUUUUUCGUGCGUGCCCUGGAGCACGAGCACACUCUGCAGCUGCGGCGUCCGCCGACCCGGCUCCAGAUGCUCAUGCUUCGGCUCGAGCAGCGCUCCGAGCUGGCGCACGCGGCAUGGCUCGACGCCGUGCUGGUGCCCACGCUGUACCAGAGGCCGCCGCUGCUCUACUCGGCUGGCGUGCCUGCGUACUUCAACUACGGCACCGUGGGCGCCCUGCUGGCCGCACGCAUCAUCGAGGUCAUCACGCCGGCAGCCGCGGCCUCCGGAACGCUUCCAGGCAGGAUUCAGCCGCCGAGCCACUCCGUGUGGACGCAGGACGCGCUGCGCAUGUACAACCAGAGCACCAUGUGCCUGCAGCGGCUGUACCGGCGCCUGGGCAUGCACGGCGAAGAGAGCGCCAGCGACGAGCAGCGGCGACGCGCCAUGUUCGUGGGCGCGCUCGGCCUGCGGAUCGCCUACGACCGACUGGAGGCGACCUUCCGCGAGGCCGCUGCGAACCAGGACGCCUUCAGCGCCCUCUGGCCGCAAGCGCGAGCGGCGUUCUUCGCGCGUUUCUGCCUCCUGUCGUGCGACGCCGACCAGCGGCCCAGGCCGCUGUCGCCUCGAGGCAGCUGCCUGCUGCCGCUGCACACCAUGCGCGAGUUCGACGACGCGUUCGACUGCGGCGCGCACCAGGACUUCGUCUUCGACGACUGCAUGCUCUGACGCGGUGCCCUCGGCGCAGGGGGGCAAGCGCCGCCCCCUGGGCUCGUUUUAGAGAACUACGCUAAUCGCGUGGCAACUUUAUGUACGUUUCGCUUCAUAUUGUGUCUAUCGACGGCCGCACGUUCCAGGGUUCACGGCUGGUUCGGACUACAUGCCUUUGUAUAGUGCAACUUUUCAUGCCUUAUGCUAUACGUGUGUGUUUUAUUUAUUUUUUUCCCGCGUAUUGGCCUGUAUACAGAGGGCAGCUAUCUUAUGACGGGCGCCACCUGAAGUGCCCAGGAACUAAACGCUGCGCUUAAACAGACAAGCACUUGUAAUGGAGUGUAUGAUUGUGGCGUUUGCAAAACUGCUUGUCUCGAUGACUUAGUGUGUUUUGAUUUUUCUUGAUGUGAAUGUAAUUCUACAGAAUUUGCCUUUA